CUUUAAGCGUCUCCUCGGCAUCAUCGCGGACUCUUUGUGUGGCUUCACAGAAGGGAAAUACUGCUCCACGCAGACAAAGAGCCGAAGUGAUCGUUGCAGCGUCGGGUUCAUCCAAUGAUCAGGACCUCCGCCCAUCAUGGACCAAACCGAACCGGCGCGCUGCACCGUGUGCUGCUGCACUCUGGUCAACAGAGUCCUCAUGGUGCUCUUCAUGGCGCUGCUGAUCCUCGCCAUCUUGUCCGGCAACCUGAUGACUCUGGCGGUGGUUCUCGGGACCAAACACUUCCACACGCCGCAGGGGUACCUGAAGGCGUCCCUCGCCGUGGCCGACCUGGCGGUGGGGGUGUUCGUGGUGCCGCUCUCCGUCUACGCCGAGGUCUACCUCAUGGCGACCGACUCAGCGCCGGAGUGGACCUUGUAUAACUCGCGGUCUGCGAGUUUCCACCCGUGCAACGUCAUCGGCCCCGUCUUCGCCGGCUGCACCCUGGUCUCCAUCUCCACCAUUUUCCUGCUGACCAUCGAGAGGAGCAUCGCCGUGUUGAGGCCGCUGCACAAGGGCUCCGUCAUCACGCGCAAAAGGACCACCGUCCUCAUCGUCCUCUCCUGGUUGGGGAGCUUCUUCUUGGCGGUGUCUCCCAUGGUCUUCAGCAGCGAGAUCGUCCUGGAGUACAACUCCUGCAGCCGCAUGUGCAACUACGCGCUGGGCACCAUCGGAGAGUUCCCGAGCCGGGCCUGGAACAUCCUGCUGCUCUUCCCGGUGUUUGACUUCACCCUCCUCGGCGGGACGGUGGUCAUCAACGUGGUGUCGAUGUCCAGCAUCAGGCAGCACUCCAAGCGGAGGAAGCACCUGGCCGAGAGGGAGCACCAAAGCACCAACAAACCCACCUUCUCUGACAUCAAAGCGGCCAAAACCAUCGGGACGCUGACCUUGGCGUUCACCGCCUCGUUCGCCCCCGUCGCCGUCUUCGUGGUCGGGAACGUUUUGGGGAAUAAGUGGUGCAACUUUUCCUUCUUUGCCUUCUGGAUUUUAGCCACCAACAGUUGCUGGAAUGUCAUAAUUUACAGCGUGAGGGAUCAGAAGUUCAGACUUUGCGCCCACAAGCUGCUCGUGCCUUUCCGGAGAGAAGAUGCCACGGCGGGUUAAGAUCCCACGACCCGAGCGCCAUUCGGCUGCUCCUCCGUCACUCAAGAGUCUUUCUCCACACACACGUUGUGUGUCCUCUUCAGGGACGAGUCUGCAUGUUUUGUGGAUUGCUGUUGUGAACAUACGUUGAUGAAAAGCAUGGAAAGUUUUUAGAAGAAAAAAUACAAAAAACGAAAUUCAGAUUUCCUGAAAAUGACACUUGUUGAUGAUUUACUUGAUGUCUUUGAACAGAUCCCCUAAUUACACUGUUGGACAACCGUAACUUGUUGAGUUGGCUGAACUCAACAUUUGUUUUAAAGCACACGGAUAAUAAAUGUAGACUUUGUGUUUUCAACAUUAAACUAAAAGUUUGAAUUUCAGCUUCUUCGUCUCAUCGCUUCAGGUGUUGGAAGACGAGGUCGGGGAAGCGGAGAAAUGUUCCGUUCUCACGCCCAUGAAACUGUGACGAGUGUUUCCCCCGGUGGUGAAAUGUGUAAAUGUGAACAUCCAGCAUGGUUGAGAAGAUGGAGAAAGAAGCUGCAGCCUACAGAUCACCGUGUUGAGGUGACCCAGAGUUCACAUUUGAAUGUGUCACCAGUCCACCGGAGGCUGUACGUGAAAACCUGUGCAACAGGUUGUGUGUGGUUCUGAUGUUCUGAGAGAUAAGAAACAUUCAAGGCUGUUGAAUUAUUUCAAACAUUCCGGAAAACCAUCACGGCGCUGAAAGCAGCAUUCAUCACUCAACAAGCUUCAACGAGUGCUGUCACUGCAGAGAAUGUAGCCUUCAUCCUGUGAAGAGCGCCGCAAUCUCACAGAGGAGAUGAAAGGGAGACACGGAGCGUUCAGGGAAAGAUGAAAGGGACCAGGACCAGAAACCAGGACCAGAAACCAGGACCAGAAACCAGGACCAGAACCAGGACCGGGGAGGGGCGGACUCUCGGACAGAUAAAAAACGUAAAAAAUCAAACUAUCUGGUGAAAUAUUUUCCAAAAGAACAUCGUAGAAGACAAUUGUUUUCACUAACCACAUGUUUCCAUCUUCCAAAAACGUUUGAUGCAAACACACACUGUGUGUAAGAAGAACAGGAAGUGACCAUAUAAGGACUGAGGAGGCCGAAAGGUUCCAUUCUUGCCCGUUACGUGAAUACCUUUCACAAUAAAAGUCUGUCUUCAGAGGAAACAACUUAGUUAUGUUUUAUAAACAUAAUGAAAUACUUAGUUGUGUAUUUGAUGUCGGGGUAACACAUCACGUCAGGGUUAGCUUCACCUUUCAGAAUGCAGGUUGAAGCUUAAAAUUCCAACAUUGUCUCUU